AUGUCCAUCAUCAGUACUACUAAACGUAUACCCUACAGGGUUACCUACCACUUGACGUCUCGUUCCUUUGGUAGCACAGCUGUGAGAGGUAGCUCUGCCGAUCAAUUGUUGAUUUCCAAGCAUGUUGCGGAUGUGGACCCAGAGAUGAACUCGAUUUUGAAGAACGAGAGGUUGAGACAGAAGCACUCAAUCACUUUGAUCCCCUCAGAAAACUUCACCUCCAAGUCGGUCAUGGACCUGUUGGGGUCUGAAUUCCAAAACAAAUACUCAGAGGGAUACCCUGGUGCACGUUACUACGGUGGGAACCAAUUUAUUGACCAAAUGGAGUCGCUAUGCCAAAGGAGAGCUUUGGAAGUGUAUGGAUUGAAUCCGGAAGAAUGGGGUGUCAAUGUUCAGUCUCUAAGCGGAGCACCUGCUAAUCUAUAUGCGUAUUCUGCAGUAAUGAACGUUGGUGAUAGGUUGAUGGGGUUGGACCUCCCCCACGGUGGUCACCUAUCACAUGGGUACAAAUUAAAGAGCGGUUCGCCAAUUUCCUUCAUAUCGAAAUAUUUCCAAACAAUGCCAUACCGUUUGAACCUGGAGACCGGUAGGGUUGAUUAUGACGAACUCGAACUCACUUCCCAAUUGUUCAGACCCAAAAUUAUAGUCGCGGGGACUUCGGCUUACUCUAGGUUGAUCGAUUACGGCAGGAUGGCCAAUAUUGCCAAAAACUGUGGUGCUUAUCUUUUGUCGGACAUGGCUCAUAUAUCUGGUCUAGUGGCGGCCAAUGUUGUCGAGUCUCCCUUCAAACACUCUGACAUCGUGACGACGACCACACAUAAAUCUUUAAGAGGACCCCGUGGUGCGAUGAUCUUCUACAGGAAGGGUGUUAGAAAAAUUACCAAGGGUAAAGAGUUCAUGUACGAUUUGGAAAAGAAGAUCAAUUUCUCCGUAUUCCCAGGACACCAAGGUGGACCUCAUAACCACACCAUAUCCGCCCUAGCUGUCGCAUUGAAGCAGGCAAUGACCCCAGAGUUCAAACAAUACCAAGAGAGAAUUGUUUCCAACGCAGCUACGUUUGCCAGAGAGUUAGAAGCACGGGGAUUCAAGCUGGUUUCAGGAGGCACCGACAACCAUUUGAUUUUGCUAGACUUAUCGUCCUCCGGAAUUGAUGGUGCUCGGUUAGAAACCAUUCUACAACAGAUAAACAUUGCCGCCAAUAAGAACACAAUUCCUAGCGACAAGUCCGCAAUGUUCCCAUCAGGUUUAAGAGUGGGGACUCCAGCUAUGACCACUAGGGGGUUUGAGGAGAAGGACUUUGCGAAGGUCGCCGAAUACAUCGACAAAGCUACGAAAUUGGCUAUAAAAAUGAAAGGUCAAGAGUCUGAGGAUAUUAAAUCGAACGUCGAGAGGCUCCAGUUCUUCAAAACUUUGUGCGAAAAUGAUGCUGAAAUUCAAAAAUUGGGUAAUGAUGUUUACCAAUGGGUUGGUCAAUUUCCUGUCCCAGGGGAGCUGUGA